GGCGAAGGCGAAGGCGAAGGCCGGGGAGCAGGCCGCGGGGGUCGGGGUUCCCCGGGGCUGACGAGGCAGCCUUUGGCGCCCGGGGUUGGCUUCUCGAGCGAACCGUCAGCGGCUGCUCGACACUCAGCCUGCGGUGGAGCGUUGCGGAUAAGCCCGGUGGGAGCAGAGCCAGGCUGCGGGAGUGAGAUGGAUACCGACUCAAAGGACAGUAGUGAGCCUCUUGAAACCAAGGAGCCUGCUAUUCGUGAUGCUGUUGCAGAAGAUACCUCUUUGAUUUUGGGGAGUGGGAGUCUUGUAACUCCUCAGAAGCAUACACCUGAUGUGUUUCCUAGAGAUUGCACAGCAGAUGCUUUCAAGACACCUUUGGACUUUUCCACGGUAACAGUAGAGCAAUUGGGAAUUACGCCUGAAAGCUUUGUAAAGAACUCUUCAGGAAAGUCAUCAUCCUACCUUAAAAAAUCCAGACGACGCUCUACAAUUGGUGCCCGGGGCUCCCCUGAAACAAACCAUCUUAUCCGUUUCAUUGCUCAGCAGAGGAGUUUAAAGAAUGCAGAGAAACCCCCUUUGACACAGAAUUCCCCUUUUCUGGGCAGUCCUGUAUUGUAUCGGAAUGUUAGUUCCUUAAGGGAGCAAAUGUCUGCCUUCCAGUCAGCUUUCCACUGCAUAAAGGAGAAUGAAAACAUGACCGACUAUCCUGGAUUCUCAGAGGCAGAAGGAGAGUUCAAGACAACAGGCUCGACCAAAAAGGAAAGUCUUGGUGAAUGUCAAGAGUCUGCAUUCCGUGCAAACUUAUCAUCCAAACGUCGAAGGAUAUGCUCUCAGAGUAACUUUGAUGAAGAUCUAAGUGAUGCGGUUCAUCUGCAGAUAUUCAGUAGUGCCACUUCCAAUGCAGGCAAAAUGUGUGCUGUUGAUUCUGCUUUUGCAGAUUUUUCUGAGAAAUCUUUUGAAUCUGGCUUAACACAGUCUGGAUGUUUAGUUGAAGAGUCUGUUUCACUUCUAGAGCUCACAGAGGCUUCAAAUGGAGUCAAGGUUGCUGAGUGUAUAGAGGGCAAAAGAUCAAGUGAUGUUCUUCCACCUGACAACUUUAUAGAAGUGAGUGCAGACCCAGCUCCUGAAGUCAGGUCCCUGGCCUCUCCACUGUGCAGAAGGGACGUUCCAUCCUCUGAGACCUUUGUACUUCGUUCUGUGCUGAAGAAACCCUCUGUUAAGCUGUUUCCAGAAAGCCUGCAGGAACACUGUGACAAUCUCUGUGAUGAUGGGACUCAUCCAAGCUUAAUCUCAAAUCGUGCAAACUGUUGCAAAGAACAAAAAACAGAAGGUCAAGAAAAUUGUAAAGUGCCAGCCUUUCUAAAUAUCAGGAAGAGGAAGAGAGUUACUUUUGGAGAGGAUCUAAGCCCUGAAGUGUUUGAUGAGUCUUUGCCAGCAAAUACUCCGUUGCGAAAAGGAGGAACACCUGUUCGAAAAAAGGAUUUAAGUAGUAUCAGUCCCCUGCUACUUGAGCAAUCACCACCAGUUCCUGUGCAGUUGCAGUUAUCACAACCAAAUUUUGAUGACAAGGGGGAGAAUCUUGAAAACAUAGAACCUCUUCAGGAAUCGUUUGCAGUUCUGAGUCCUCUUAGUAAGCCUUCAAUCUCUGAGACUCUUUCAGGCACUGAUAGCUUUAGCUCUUCAGAAAACCAUGAGAAAAUAGCCUCCUGUAAAGUUGAUGGAAUCACACGGGCCUCUAACAGAAGAAAUCAAUUGAUCACUUUUGCGGAAGAGAAUGUUUGCAACUUACUUAAUACAGAAGCUCAGCCUUGCAAAGAAAAGAAAAUGAAUAGGAGGAAAUCUCAGGAAAGGAAGCUCACAAGAAGAGUACUUCCUAAAAAGAAUCAGGCUUUAAAAAGUUGCAGGAAGAAGAAAGCAAAGAGAAAGAAGAGUGUUCAGAAGUCUUUAUAUGGGGAAAGAGACUUCGCUUCGAAGAAGCCGCUCCUCAGUCCUAUUUCCGAGCUGCCUGAGCUCUCCGAGGGGAUGCCUGCCACUCUAGGCGCCGGAAGGAUGUGUUCAGAUGAUUUCAAAUCCAACGGUGAACUUGAAGAAGAACUUGAAGAAGCAAAGCCUCCUAAAGGAAAGACUCUUUUGCCCCAGAGCCCCGAAGAUUUGCAGAUGAAUCAGGGCUUUAAUAAAUACGAUCUGUCUGCAUUCUGCAGCUCUUACACCAAAAGUUCCUUGUCGCUUAUUAACUCUGCUUUAGAUCAAGAUUUAAACAUAAAUGCUGUAGCAACUAGUGAACCUAAAAUAAUUCCAAAAGCAGAAAUUAAGUCAGAAGGUGCACAUGAACUGAAGGCGGGCCCUGAGAGCGAAAGCAGUCAUGCUUUUUGUGCUUCUGUGACCGCAGAGCCCCUGGCAGCCGAUGACGCAGAAUCCAAUGUUCUCCUGCCGUCUCAGGAACUGGCUACUGCCAGUCAAAAUGUGGAAAACAUUUUCCAAAUCUUUAAAAUUUCAGAAGAUGUAAACAUAAAGUAUGAAAAACAGGAUGACUUUUUCAUAGCUACAGAAGGAAAAGUGCAGACCAUGCAUUUAACGUCUGACUUCCAGAAUGAAGAGGUCUUAAUCAACAACGUAAAAGAAAGUAAAAGUCCGAGUGCAGGUUUGAGAAGAAACUUCAUAAAAGGUAGAAGUGGCACUGGUAUGCGUGGUGGAGAAAAGAAGCACAGAAGGCGCUCUUCAUGUUAUUCCGAUGGGCAGAGUUUAUAUUUGGAAGAAAAUGGAAAUCACGAAUCUCCCUACCUUGCGAGCAGCUCUGUAGAAAUUGGUCUAGAAAAUUCUGAACUGUAUAAAGAUUUAUCUGACUCCAUCGAGCAAACCUUUCAGAGAACAAACGGCGAAACAAAAGUAAGACGCAGCACACGGCUACGGAAAGAUUUGGAAGAUGAAGGGCUCGUGUGGAUUUCACUUCCAUGUCCUUCCACUUCCUGCACUUCCCAGAAAACGAAAAGGAGAACGAUAUGUACAGUUGACAGCAGAGGAUUUGGAGGCCUGUCCCUCUCUAAAGAAACUGUGUCUUCUGGACAGAAACCGAGUAUGCCAUUCCCGGUAUCAGGUAAAGAAAACAGAGAGGGCUUUGCUGCUGGUUCUUCCAGUUUACCUGGAAAGAGGAGGAAGAGUGUCUGCACAUCUGUGCUCGCAAAUACAAGAGAUACUACUACUCAGGCAAAAUGCUACAAAAGAAGAACCUCUCUCAGCCAGAAGGGAGAGAGCUCUCCGAAGGACUUCCAAAGAAUCGAACAUGUCCAGGAACUAAAGCAGUAGCUGGCAUUUCCUACAGAACGCAGGGCAGCAGAGAAGGUAACCAUCCGUGCUCAAAAGAUUCAUUCAUUCCAGUUCAUGUCCCUUGUUCAGCUUCGGUGUUUUAAAAGCUUCAAAUAAAAUCAUUUGAGUUGAACUUAUUUUUAAGUAGAAGUAAAUUAUUUUCUUCAUUGAAAAGGAAAACAUUCUAUUUAAUAUUGUUCUUCUCUCCCCAAAUAGUACACACUUACUGAAGCUUUCACAUUGCCACAUGUUCACUGAAGCGUUUAAGUCUCUAUUGCAAAAACACAAACAAACAAAAAAAAAACCUUGUCUUUUAGAAUUGACUCAUUCUGUCUGGAUGAGAAGCGUUUAAAAAACAAAAUGAUAGAAUUAAUGUAAUUUUGUGAAGAUGGAAGGUAAUACAAGGUUAAAAACUGUUAGAAAAAGAGAAAAGAUGUGUUUUAAAAUGCAAAAAAAAAAGGUUAAAAAAUGUUAACAGGAAAGAUGGAAAUCAUAAGACGUUUUAAAGUUGAGAAGCUUUAAUUUACUUUGUCUCAAAUGAAAAUUUUGUAUUAAUAGGUUAAAACCAAAACUUAAACAUGGCACCUUGGAAAAUUCCUUCAAUAAUCAGAAUAUUAUAAAUCUAGCAUUCUAAAAUGAAUAUUUAGUUUAUGAAUAAAUACGGUGAAAACAUUCUGUUCUUCAAAAAAGCCUCUUACAUGGUUUGUGGGGUGGGACAUGCAGGUUUGGUUUUUGGUGAAAACAGAGCAGUUUAGUUGAUCAUUCCAGUUAGUCACAUUUAGGAUUUAUUCAAAGAAACCCCAAAUUACUGAUUUGGGAAUUAAUUCAUGGUUCUUGAUUAAAAAAAUUUUUUUCUUUUUUUUUUAAUCCAGAAACUCCUAUGAAAGGGCCCUGGAAAAUUAGGUUACUAACACAAAGAUGGUGGUAGAUGGCUGAUUUUUUAUUUAAUCUGGCCUUUUCCAGCAGUUCUCUUUAUUUCACGAUCUCAAGUACAAUCACUUGUCUUGAUUUUCCAGUUACAUUUCAGCAGCGUCCUCUCCUGUUACCCUUUUGAUGACAGCAGUUUGAAAAUCUAAAUUGCUAUAUAUCUGGAAUUUGUGAAUGCACAUAAAUCAUUGUAUCAUUAAACAAUUGUCUUUGAAAUCCUUUAAAUCAUUAAACUCUCCGUCUCCCUGAUAGCAGAAACAUGUUAACAAAUAGAGCUCUCUAUAAAUAACACAACAGGGAAGAAAGCUCCUGCUGAGUGCCCAUUUCCCCCGCCUCAGAUAGAGACUAUUUGUUACCUUCUUGGCACCAAUAGGUCUGGAACUCCUGCUGUUAAAGACUAAAUGUAUUUUACAUUAACACUCAAAGUGAUCCCCGAUUUCUUCAGCUAAAGGCUGGAUUGUUUUAAAAAUUCUUUUAUCUUUACACGUAAAUUAUUUAUGGGCUUUUUCCCUCCCCGUUUAUAGUUUGGUAUAGUUGGCAAAUCUCUACCACUGAAAACUGAAAAUAACACCCCACACACACACUCCCCUCAGCAAAACGAACUAUUCUGAAACUUUUUGGUUUUGGUAAUUUAGAAAAGAACAAAAACUUUCAGAAACAUACAAUGUUAAGGGUCCUGUUUUUUAAAAAGCUUUUUGUUCUCUUCCUUUCAUGUGAAGGCUAAAACUACUGGUAUUUUUUUUCCUCCCCUUGUUGCUGUAUGAUGAUGUGUGAUCUCCCUUGUAUUUGGAUUUUAAGAAUCUCACCCGCUUUGUUCUGUUUCUCAAACCGUGCUAAUUGCGGACAAGGGACACAUUUGAUAUGUGGGUUUUUUUUGGCUUGAGUUUUUAAAUGUUAAAUUCUUGUUUUCUGGCAUCUCCAGUUAAGAAUGUAAACACUUGAUGUAUUUUGUUAGUUUUGGGAUGUAUCAGCAUAAAUGUUCUGUUGAUUAUCUGUAAAUAACAAAUAGUUUUCCUAAAAAGAAGAGGUCUGAGAAAUCAAACCAAUUGGGACAUAAUUUUAUCCACUGUCUCAUUUGUAUUCCUAAGAUUUGUGAAAAGUUAAUUAUUUCUGUACUUGAUCAUGCUUGCUUGUUUUUAGCUGUUUCUGUUCAUUAACGGUCGGAUUGGAAAGUGGGCUUUGGAAGAGUUUGUUCUUGCCUUAAUCUUUUUUUACUGCAGCAGCCCAUCGCUCCUGUCGAUGCUUGUUUGCUCCAGAAGGUGGCAGCAUGACAUCUGGAUACAUUAACUUGGAGCCCGGGCAGCCCUUCGUUGUUGCUGUGGGUGCUUCUCUGUCACUUUAAUUUUCACCCAUUUUUAUCAUGGGAGUGAUAUGUGUCUAUUGGAAAAAAGUGGAGAACUGUACACCAUUCCAGACUGUCUCCCUGCAGCCACACCUGCCCCUCCCCAGCUUUCCGUGUGAACACUGUUAACAACUGGCCUACGUCUUCCAGACCUUUGCUUGUAUACCCACAAGUGUAGGUUUUGUUGUUUUCUGAUGGGAUCACUAUAAUGUGCCGUUCUGCAGCUUGAUUUUCUUAUUCACCAAAACACCAGGAUUGAGCUUCCAUGUUGUCAUGGGGAAUCCUAGUGCAGCCUCAGUCUUUUGAAUCCCUGCAGAGUCAUACACUCUGCACGUCUAUAACUUAGUUAGCCUCUCCUUACUAACGAGUCUGGUUGUCUCCACUUUUUUGUGAUUGAAAAUUACGCCACACUGGACUUGGGUCAAAAAUAUCCCUAAGACAAAUUCCUUGAAAUUAAAAUUAAAUGGAUAUCAAGUUAUCUUCCCUGGUUCAUACGUGAUAGAGUUUUUCUAUAAACAUUCUGGCAUGAAUUUCCUUCAUUCCGCCAUCACCUCAGUGCCAGUUUGCUUCCUUUUUCUCUUGCUCUUUCUCUUCCCCAUGGCAUUUGAGCUGUGGAGUGGAGUGUGGGGCUUAAGACUUAGCACGAUAAGGAGGAAAUGGUUAUUAGUGCCUGGUUCAUGCUUUAGAUUGGAAGAACUCUUUUUUUUUUUUUUUUUUGAAAUCAGACUUAUUGAGGUGUAAUUAACUAUAAUAAACUAUAGUGAAGUUUACCUUGUUAAAUGUACAGUGUGAAUUUUGGCAAAUUCAUACAGUCCUAGAACAGCUGCCACCGUUACAUAAGAGAACACUUCCAUCACCCCAGAACACCUCUUACCUCUUUGUUGCCGUCAGACCCUCUGUCCCCCAACCCCAACCUCUCACAACCACUUAGCAAAUUUCUAUCCCUCUAGUUUUGUCUUUUCCACGGUGUUGUAUAAAUGGAUAUGAGCUAUAUCCUUCUGUGUCUCUUUUGAAAUUUAGCAAAAUGCCUUAGAGAUUCAUCUAUGUUUUAUGUUAUAAGUAGUUGAUUCCUGUUUCUCACUAAGUAGUAAAAGUCUGUUUAAUGGAUGUACCAGUUUUCUUUACUCAUUCACCAAUGGAAUGGAUAUUUGGAUUGUUUGGUUUUUUACCAUUACAAAUAAAGCUGCUAUAAACAUUCA